AUGGCUGAUCCAUUUGAGAGCAUCAUGAAGGAGUACGACUACGACUAUUCUAACUCCUCUGAGCUUAGGGAGACGGUGGAGUACAGCCCUUCUUGGAUAACAAUACUGUCACUUGUGCUACAGAGUCCAGCACUAGUAGUUGGACUGUUAGCCAACAUCCUCCUGUUGGUCGUGUUCGCCACCUCGCCACGCUUGAUCACUGGACCCAAUGUGUUAUUCCUACAGCGUGCCAUCGCCGACCUGUUAUUUCUCCUCUGUGUUCCGCAAUUCAUGCAUAUGAAAGCUGUAGGCAUCGUUCAGAUCGGGCUGGCCAGGUGCAAGGCAGUAAGCAUUGUCGUUCAAGGGACUACAGUGGCUACUCUCGUGUUCCUGAUGGCGUAUACUUUGGAUGGCUAUCUGGCAGCAAAUCCUCAGCAGCACUCCGCUGCGUUCCGGCGCAGUGCGAGGCGUAUCACGUCCGCGGCGGGCUGGGGCUUGGCCGUCGCCUCCGGGAUUGCCGCCUUUGUACUCACCCACUUAAGUAAUGACGGCCAAUGCAAAUUAAGCCCAUUUUAUGACCAGUCUGGACCACUUCUAGUCGCCAUACAGAUAUUCUUGCUCUUCUUAGUGCCACUAGUGGUAGUGUGGGUGUUUGUGGGUAUGGCACUUCCGCCGCGCCGCUCAGAGAUGAGAGCUGAUUCCGAGGCGGAGAAGGAUGAAAGCCCAAAUCGUCACCUGUUGUUGGGACUGGCAUCCACCUUCACUGUGCUGCAUGGUAUUUACUGGAUUGUCUUCUUAUUGAGCAGUAUCUUUUACAUACUGGAACUAUUUAUCGUUCUAGAUAUUGCAAGUUCGCUAAGCACCUACGGCGAAGCACUCAACCCCAUCCUGGUGAUCUAUCUGUCAGAGGAGCUGCGGCAGAAGGUGGUUGGGUGGCUGCCUUUCCGCCGCAGCUCCGCCUCAGUUCCUCUGAGGGAUAUGUGA